AUGCGGCCACAGUGGGACUUAUUUUUCCGUCAAACACGUUGGCCAUUUCGAUUCACUCCACAGCAGAAAGUUGAUGUGUCUGUGCAUGAGAAUCGGAUCCCGCCAUGGCGAGCGAGUGUCGGGCGUCUGCUUUCGGAUGUCUGCAAUUUUUGUGCGAGAAAUCGCCAAAUGCAAAAUCUAAUUCUUCUCGAUCCCAUGGUAAGUUUUGUCAUUCCUUUCGCGAUGUCACCGCUUUCGCCACUGCUAAAUCUGAUGCGGCACUCCGUGGAACCCAAAGCUCACCUGACAGGCGUUCUGUGGAUGACCCCAGCUGAUGCUCUUUCUCCCUUUUACCACAUCCCUAUUCCUCGUCAAGAUGUCGGAGGUGGGGAGGAGGUGGAGCGCCCAUACCCUCGACCACUUUAUUUGCGAUUGCUGACUCUGACAGCCUUUCUGUCUAAUUGGCUUGCCUGGUUCUCUCGAAUUGAGACCUAUUCGUCACUGGGCACGUCUCGUGUUUCGCCAGCAGCUGUGACCGACCCCGUGGCAGGAUGCGUGUUGCAGCCAUACAGUUUGGGUUGCGGUCAGUCUCCCCUUCUCGAUCUGUGGCCGCUCUGGUUGGCUCGACGAUUGCUAAUCCUGCCCUUCCAUCUACCUCGACUGUUUGGCAGACACGUCUCGCGACACUUCUUUCCCUUCACCGACGUGGAUGAAAUAUAA